UCCGUGAACGGUCGAACCAAUGUCCAUUCAUUUCUUUGGCACCACGUUUCGUCAACGGUCCAAAUCCAAGGGAGCAAAUGCGCAGUUCGUUCCCGUUACACUGUUUUUGUUUUUUUAAAGCAUUUCUUCUUCCAUUGCUCACCGCAGUGGGCGGCGCUUAACUUCUGAGUCAAAACCCUAGAGCUGCCCGAAGCAAAACCCUAAAAAGAUUCAGAGCUUGUGUUCCUCAUACGCAAGAAACGAGUGAACUGCAACAGAGGCUCUGAAUCUUCUCUCCAUUCCAUCCAAACAACACCCUAUACUCAGUAUUCUAAAGCUUCACAUCAUAGCAGUUUUCCUUCAAUUCGCGAGGUCCAUCGGUACCUAUCCGAGCUCCUUUCGUUCAAUUUUGAGGUCAAUCGGAACCUAUCCGAGCUCCUCUCUUUCUAAUAAAGAAAAGGCCCCAGCCAUGGAGGAGGUUUGUGAAGGCAAGGAUUUCUCAUUCCCUAAACACGAGGAGAAGAUUGUGGCCUAUUGGGAAGAGAUCAAAGCUUUUGAGACUCAGCUCAAGCUUACAGAGAAUAUGCCUGAAUACAUUUUCUAUGACGGCCCUCCAUUUGCUACUGGUUUACCUCAUUAUGGCCACAUCCUUGCUGGUACUAUCAAGGACAUUGUUACCAGAUACCAGUCGAUGAAUGGCUACCAUGUGACUAGAAGAUUCGGGUGGGAUUGCCAUGGAUUGCCUGUUGAACAUGAGAUCGAUAAAAAGCUUGGAAUUACGAGCAGGAAUGAUGUUUUGGAAAUGGGGAUUGACAAGUAUAAUGAGGAGUGUCGAAGUAUAGUUACUCGCUAUGUGGGAGAGUGGGAGAAGGUGGUUUCAAGGACUGGAAGAUGGAUUGAUUUCAAGAAUGAUUACAAAACAAUGGAUUUGGAAUUUAUGGAGACAGUUUGGUGGAUAUUUGCUCAGCUUUGGGAGAAGGAUCUGGUAUAUAGGGGUUUCAAGGUUAUGCCCUACAGCACUGGGUGCAAAACACCACUUUCAAACUUUGAAUGUGGGUUGAACUAUAAGAAUGUUCAUGAUCCAUCAUUAAUGGUGGCUUUUCCGGUAAUUGGCGAUCCUGAUAAAGCAGCUAUUGUGGCAUGGACCACUACACCUUGGACUCUACCAAGUAACCUUUGCGUUUGUGUCAAUGCAAAUCUGACCUAUGUAAAGGUUAGAGACAAGUUCACAGGCUCGACCUACAUUGUUGCAGAAUCUCGACUGUCUGAGCUACCCAGCAAGAAGUCUAACGCAGGUUUACCAAAUGGAUCGGUGCAAAUUGCAGACUGGAGUCCUUUUGAGUUGCUUGGAAAAUUCCCUGGAGCUUCACUUGUUGGUUUAAAGUAUGUUCCAUUGUUUGACUACUUUUCGGAGCUAUCUGAUGUGGCGUUCAGGGUUGUCUCUGAUAAUUAUGUGACUGACGAUAGUGGAACUGGUAUUGUCCACUGUGCUCCUGCAUUUGGAGAGGACGAUUAUCGAGUUUGCAUUAACUCGAGUAUAAUCCAUAAGGAUGAUGAUCUUGUCGUUGCAGUUGAUGGAGAUGGGUGCUUCAUUGAUAAAAUAACCGAUUUUAAGGGGCGUUAUGUUAAGGAUGCUGAUAAGGAUAUUGUCGCUGCAGUGAAGGCAAAAGGGAGGCUUGUCAAUUCUGGAAGCAUCGAGCAUUCUUACCCAUUUUGUUGGAGAUCAGACACUCCUCUGCUCUACAGAGCUGUUCCUAGCUGGUAUGUUGCAGUUGAAAAGAUUAUAGACCAAUUGCUAGAAUGCAAUAAACAAACAUAUUGGGUCCCCGACUAUGUUAAGGAUAAGCGUUUCCACAAUUGGCUUGAAAAUGCAAGGGACUGGGCUAUAAGCCGAAGUAGAUUUUGGGGAACUCCUCUUCCGAUAUGGAUAAGUGAGGAUGGGGAAGAAAAACUGGUUAUUGAUUCUGUAAAGAAGCUUGAGGAUCUGUCUGGUCUCAAGGUAACUGAUCUGCAUCGGCACAAUAUUGACCAUAUAACUAUCCCAUCUAAGCGUGGCCCAGAAUUUGGUGUUCUUCGACGUGUUGAUGAUGUUUUUGAUUGCUGGUUUGAAAGUGGUUCCAUGCCUUAUGGUUAUAUCCACUAUCCUUUCGAGAAUGCCGAACUCUUUGAAAACAAUUUCCCUGGACAGUUUGUGGCUGAGGGACUUGAUCAAACUCGUGGAUGGUUUUACACUAUGAUGGUUCUGUCAACGGCCUUAUUUGGAAAGCCUGCCUUCCGUAACCUUAUAUGCAAUGGCCUUGUUUUAGCUGGAGAUGGAAAGAAGAUGAGCAAAAGAUUGAAAAAUUACCCUUCCCCUAUGGAAGUUAUUGAUGAUUAUGGGGCUGAUGCCUUAAGACUAUACCUCAUCAAUUCACCAGUUGUGCGUGCAGAACCUUUGCGAUUCAAGAAGGAUGGAGUAUAUGGUGUUGUAAAAGAUGUCUUCCUUCCAUGGUACAAUGCAUAUAGGUUUCUUGUUCAGAAUGCGAAGAGGCUUGAGAUUGAAGGUCUUGCACCAUUUGCACCCUUUGAUCAAGCUACUCUUCAGAUGUCAUCGAAUGUACUUGAUCAGUGGAUCAACUCAGCAACUGGGAGUCUUGUUUCCUUUGUUCGGCAAGAAAUGGAUGCAUAUCGUUUGUACACUGUUGUUCCCUACCUCCUCAAAUUUAUUGACAACCUGACAAAUAUAUAUGUCCGCUUUAACCGCAAUAGAUUAAAAGGCCGCACUGGAGAAGAGGACUGCAGAAUGGCAUUAUCAACUCUGUACCAUGUGCUUUUGACCACAUGCAAGGUAAUGGCUCCAUUCACUCCCUUCUUCACGGAAGUUCUUUAUCAGAAUUUGCGCAGAGUUAGCAGUGAAUCUGAGGAAAGCAUUCAUCAUUGUAGUUUGCCUAAAGCUGGAGGACAGAUUGAGGAACGCAUUGAACUAAGUGUGACAAGGAUGAUGACUGUUAUUGAUCUAGCCCGUAACAUAAGGGAACGCCACAAGCAGCCUCUGAAAACACCCCUGAAGGAGAUGAUUGUUGUUCAUCCUGAUAUGGGAUUUCUUGAAGACAUUGCUGGGAAACUUAGAGAGUAUGUGUCUGAGGAGCUCAAUAUAAGGUCCAUUGUACCAUGCAAUGAUCCUUUGAAGUAUGCGUCAUUACGUGCAGAGCCUGAGUUCAGUGUUCUAGGCAAACGACUCGGAAAAGCCAUGGGCUCUGUAGCCAAGGAAAUCAAGGCAAUGUCUCAGGCUGACAUUCUGUCUUUGGAAAAAUCUGGUGAAGUAACUAUUUCAGGUCACCUGUUGCAGCUUAGUGACAUAAAGGUAGUUCGGCAAUUCAAACGUCCUGCUAAUGUACCGGAGAAGGACAUUGAUGCAGUUGGGGAUGGGGAUGUUUUGGUUGUUUUGGAUCUACGUCCUGAUGAUUCAUUGGUGGAAGCUGGAGUCGCUCGAGAGGUUGUUAAUAGGAUCCAAAAGCUACGCAAGAAAGCAGGGUUGGAACCUACUGAUAUGGUAGAAGUGUACUUUGAGUUAUGUGAUGGGGAUAAAUCCUUUUUAGAACGUGUUCUAAGUUCACAGGGGCCUUAUAUCAAGGGGGUUCUUGGCUCGCCUUUGCUACCUUCUGCUUUCACUCCUGAGGAUGCAGUCAUACUUUGUACGGAGAGAGUGUGUGGACUUUCUGGAAUGACCUUCAUAAUCAGCCUAUCGAGGCCCACACUAGCAUUCAAUGCUUCUGCUCUUCUCGCAUUAUGUUCAGGAAAUGAGAGUCAUGUUGAAGGUUUAAGAACAUACCUGUUGUCGAGGGACCACCUAAAUUUGAAGUCUGAAUUUCAUUCUCAAAAUGGCCUGUUGAAAGUUGAUUGCCUUGAGGGCAUACCUAAUGUGGAGUUGGUCUUAGGAGAACAUAUCUUCCUAACUGUGGGUGAUUGUUAUUUGAGCACAAGAAGAGAUUGAGUUUAUCCAAGGAGAGCAAUUAUUUUUCGCAGUCUUUUUUAUUUUGGAAUUUCUUAUUUAUAUAUAUGAAAUGCUUAUGUAUUUGAAUUCCACAGUGCUCAAGAUAGACUUGUGAAAGUGUUCUCGUAAUAUUGUGCUUUUCUUUUCUUUUCUUUUUUCUUUCAUUUAUGUUUGUUUCUUGUAGAAUGAGGAACUCAAUGUGAAACCUCCUUUCAUUUUUUAUAGAAUUCAAAUGCUAUUUGUUUC